AUGCCUCCUAAGAAGUGGGAUGACGAGGAGAGCGACGACAGCUCCUCCUCCUCCGCCCCUGCUGUUGGUGCCGCUGCCAUUGCUGCUCGCCGCAAGUUCGACGAUGAAGAGGACGAUGGAGAUGUCCUAGAUUCUUGGGAUGCCGAUGACUCCGAGGCCGAGCGUGAGAAGGAGCUCAAGGCCACCGAGGCCAAGCAGAAGGCUGCUGCUGCUGCCGCUGCUGCUAAGAAGCCCAAGGGUCAGCGAAUUGCCGAACACCAAGCUGAGCGUGCUCAGCAGAGGGCUGAAGCUGAGGAAUCUGAUGGAUACGAGGAGACCGAGAGCGAGAAACGUGAGCGACUUCGACGUACCGAACAGGAGGCCGACCUCGCACACGCUGCCGACAUGUUUGGAGAUAUUGGAAUUAGUGCUGGCCGCGCCAAGGCUCGUCCCGCUACCGUCGUCACCGACCCCAACGAUCCUACCAAGACCGUUGACAUCUCCAAGAUGCCUCUCUUCCAGCCAAAGACCAAGGUCCAGUUCGAGACCCUCCGUACGAGCAUUGCCCCUCUCAUCGUGGCCAACGCAAAGAGCGCCCACUACUCUCUGUUUCUCCAAGACUUCACCAAGGCCCUUGCCAAGGAGAUGAACAGCGAGCAGAUCAAGAAACUUGCCAGUAGCAUGACUGCCCUGGGUAAUGAGAAGAUGAGGGAGGAGAAGGCUGCUGACAAGGGCGGCAAGAAGUCAAAGGCUGCCAAGACAAAGACUUCCCUCGUCACCGGCCGUGCUAACGUCGCGGAUACUACCACCUACGAAGAUAACGAUGACUUUGGAGAGUGA